CCUAUUCGUAAUGAUAUUCCACUUCCGUUGAAAUUAAUAAUGCAAUACACGUGAAAUGCGAAAUGCAGACUUUCUUAGCUUUUGGAGGAAAUUUCUUUUGAAUAUUACAGUGUCAGGACAAGCAACAAUUAGCAGACAGUAUAUCGUAGAGAACAAAUAUAAUUUACACGCAUGUAGACCGUCUUUAUUGCAGAAAUUGGCGUGUAAAUGUGUUCAGUAUUUUAAGUUUGACGAGUUAAGUAUGACAGAAAGUGACUCAAUUUUGGAUCCCCCGGAGACUGUUCGUGGUAUGAGGAUUUUAGACAGGAGUCUAUUUAAGAAGACUGUGUCUAUUCCAGGACUUGCAGUUCCACAUAAGAGUGUUACAAAGCUUACAAAGUCAUUGAAAAACGAAAUUCUACGUUUCAGGUCUAUUCAACCCGUAGUGGACCUAAAUGUGCAAGACAAAUUGUCUAAAAGUCAUAAGUUGGUACUGUUUAAUCCAUUUAAGAUAAAGACAGUGGAUGAUUUCAAUGAGAAACAGAAAUGCAUAUUGGAAAACCUAGAGGCUGAAAUUGAAAGUUUCUGUCUGUACAACUUUGAUAUGAAAUAUGAAAAUUGGAGCCAUGCAGAAGUUAUCAAAGCUGUGUUACCAAAGGAAUUUGAAACAGUUGCAGGCUUUGCAAUAGUCGGUCAUAUUGCUCACCUAAACCUUAGGGAUGGGACAGAGGAUUACAAACAGUUAAUUGGUCAAGUGAUUCUAGACAAACACAAGUUAAUCAAGACAGUUGUCAACAAGAUGAAGUCAAUAGAGACCGAGUUCAGAAACUUUCAGAUGGAACUGCUUGCAGGAGAGAACAAUUACACUACCACUGUGAAGGAACAUGGAUGUACAUUCACCUUCGAUUUUUCAAAAGUCUAUUGGAAUACCAAAUUAAGCACAGAACAUAAUCGAGUGGUUUCACAGAUGCAGGUGGAUGAUGUAGCGUUUGAUGUGUUUGCUGGGGUUGGACCUUUUGCAGUACCCUGCGGAAAGAUGGGAAUCACUGUGUUUGCAAAUGACUUGAACCCAGAUUCGUAUGAGAGUUUGAAAUUGAAUGUGGUUAGAAAUAAAGCAAAUAAGCUGGAUAAUGUGCAGUGUUACAACAUGGAUGGCAGAGACUUCAUAAAACAGAUUUUCUUCAAAGAAAUGGAGAGGAGGUGGAGUGAUCCACUGAACAAAGGGAAUGUUCAUGUCUUGAUGAAUUUACCUGCCUUAGCUGUAGAAUUCCUGGACAGUUUUGUUGGACUUUUUAUUCAGACUACCUCCAGACCAUCAGAUCUCAGCUGUAUGCCUUUCAUUCACUGUUAUUAUUUCAGUAAAAGUGAUGACGUUGAAAAGGAUACCAAAGAAGCAGUGGAAAGGGUUUUAGGUUGCACUUUGGGGGAUGAGCUUGAGAUCAGGCAAGUCCGUAAUGUAGCUCCUGGAAAAGAAAUGAUGUGCAUAAAAUUCAGAAUCCCAGAAUCUGUGUUAUUCGGAAAUAUCAAGGAUACAGAUGGAGAUGGCCCAGCAGCAAAGAAAAUAUGUUAUCACCACAACUAUGAAUAAACAUUUUAUUUUUAUGA